AUGUCUUGCCCAUUUGGUGAAAAAUGCCCAAUUAAACCAUUCUUUACUAAAGUAUUAGAACAAGCUAGAGAUGCAAUUCAAGGACCAUUUGUUGUUCCAAGUAAUGCAGAUGAAAUUAAAUCAACUUAUAAUAAAAAUAUUAAAAAAUACAAUGAACUUUAUUUAUUUAUUAAUGGUUCAUUAGUUUUCCUUGGAUCACUUUUAGCACAUCCUCUUGCUGGAAUUUUAGUUCUUGUUGUUUAUGCUGCUCUUGUAUUUACUUGGGAUAAAUAUAUUAGUAAAUAUGUAGAUAAAUAUUUCAAAGACUUUAAGAUUCCUUACAGUACUAUUCCAAUCCUUCUUUUCCCAUUAUUCUUCUUCUUUGCUUUACUUGGUGAAUGUACAAUUGCAUUCAUUGGUUUCAAUAUCCUUGCUGCUCUUAUAGUUGUUGGUCAUUCUUUCACUCAAAGAUUCGGACAAACUGUUGAAAAGAAAAGUCCUAAAGAAACACCAGUUGUUACAUCUAAGAAAGAAGAAAAGAAAGAAAAGAAAUCAAAAUCAUCAUCCUCUUCAUCAUCUUCUGAUGAAAAACAUUAA